CCUACUUUCUCAACGAGUCUGCAGCUUUUGAUAUGAGCGAAGGAAAUACCAUGACGGCGAGCUCGUAGAACUGCGUGAGGAGAGACGCAGAGAGCCAGAAGAGAGGAAGAGUGUGUUUCUCUUUUCUAAGCAGUGAGGAGAAUGGGGUGCUGGCCAUAGUGGUGCAACGUCCUCGCUCCUGUCUCUCUUUCUCUACCCGAUUUCACGAAUCCCAACUCAGAGAUUCGCGCUUCAAUGGAGCUUGCCUGCGCGUGACAGCAGCUUUUGGGACACCGGCCUCGUCUUUUGCCAGGUAGCCCAUCUUCCUCGACGUAUUGGACACGCUCGCCGAACUCCAUCUAUCACUACCUUAUUUUCACAUCACAUUCUACCUUAUCAGGGUGAAUACACUCAAGACAUUGACAAUUGCUUACAUCAAUACCUCUGAAGCAGCUUCUAGUAUAUCGAUCUUCAUUAAAAUGCCUGGCACAUGACACAAACCCCAUAAAAAAACAGGCAUAGGACUGAAAUUCAUACCACGCUGAACAGACUUUGGCACUGAUAACUCAGCAUAUGACAAACAAACAUCACCCACGAUUGAAAAUACAAGAGAUCACUUAACGCGUUGGAAAGUAACAUUUUCCAAGCGUUCAAAAGAUAGUUAAUCCUGAUAAAAACUACUACACAUAGCGAGUAGCAGAAGCAAUACCGCUCUUUUCUAGAGGGCGAGUUGGUGAAAAUGAGUAGCCGGUGUGAAGAGACAGAGGCAAAAUGGACCUGUGAAUAUUGCACGUACGAAAAUUUUCCGUCGUCCCUGAAAUGUACAAUGUGUCGAGGUGCAAAGCCUUUACUAGGUGAAGACAUAUACCGUUUGCGGGAUCCUAGUCCGCAGAGGUCAGGCUCUAAUGUGGCAUCCGGACCAGCACCAAACAUAAGUCACUCAACCGACUCGUACAAUCUCUGCCCCCAGAAUUACAGUCAGAAUUUACCAUCAGGUGGAAAAUGGUCCUGUGAAAUGUGCACGUAUCUUAAUUACCAGAACACAACACGUUGCGGACAGUGUGAUAACCGAAAAACGACAAAUAACGUUCAGUCGAUACACUCCAUAGCUUCCAAUUUACACGAGCAGCUAGCUCCCCUCCGAUUGGGUGAUCCUCCGCCUAAUUCAGGAUCAAAUUCCCAGUUAAAUCCGUCACCGAUCAAUCUACAUCCAGAACGGUAUUUGAACGCGCAACAGAAUGUACAUCCAGACAAGUGGUCCUGCCUUAUGUGUACUUAUGAGAAUUGGCCGAAGGCUACAAAAUGUAUUAUGUGUGGACAUCAGAAGGAAAAAGACAGGAGGGAGAAAUCCACUACGAAUAUAGGUCUCAUCUUACCGAGUCCCGAAAGGGAUCACAGCCAACGUGGCUUGCCAUCACCGCCUCAUACACCCUAUAUUCAUCAAGCGCAACGAGAUGAGAACUUGGCGAUAGCCAGAAGGAGUUCUCAUAGGUUCGACAGUCGAAAUGACAGUUUGCCUGCUCCGCAAUCUCCCAAUAACUGUGACUACGAGCGUAGGCUGAAACAGCUAAGACGCCACACCGACUGGUGCUGGUUAAACGCAUGUCUUGGCAUUGUUGAAGGCGAUAAUGCGCCUGUCGAGGCGUAUUUGGCAAGUGGCGGAGAUCCAGCUCGUCAGUUGACGCAUUCCGAGAUUCUACUACUAAAUAGAAGCAGCGCUUUUGACGUGGGGCAUACCCUAGUUCAUUUGGCGAUCAGGUUUCAGCGUGAAGACAUUUUAGCGACGCUCUUGUCGCAAAUUGAGGGUUCUGGCUCAGGGGUGAAAAGAGUUCCAAGCUAUGUGGCUCCCGACUUGGCGGCACAGAUACGUAGACACGUCACAAAUAGUAUCCGUUUGCGCAAAGGUUCCCUACCUUGUUACUUCGUUACGGACAUGGCGACCUUUGCUCUACCAGCUGAGGUGGAAGAUCUUCCAAGCAUCGUACAGGAGCAAAUGCUGGAGGAACUUCUGGACAAAGAGGCUCAACAGCAGCUGGAAGGUGGAGGUGGUGAACCUCCAGCGUUGAAUUGGUCUUUGGAAGUAACAGAACGAUUAGGUAGUCGUCUACAUGCUCUCUGGAAUCGAUCUGCUGGGGAUUGUCUUCUGGAUUCUGCGAUGCAAGCCACGUGGGGUGUCUUCGAUAGAGAUAAUGCAUUACGCAGAGCUCUUGCAGAUUCAUUACAACAAGCAGGCCAGUUCUUUUAUCAACGCUGGCGGGAGUAUGAGGCGUCCCAAGCUUCGAGGAUGCUAGACUUCACUUUAGAGGAGACUCAGUGGCAAGAGGAUUGGGAGAGUCUAUUGGCCACUGCAGCGCAGCCAGGAAGUGCUCUUGAACAGUUACAUGUUUUUGCGUUAGCUCACAUUCUAAGGAGGCCAAUAAUCGUCUACGGGGUAAAAUAUGUAAAGAGCUUCCGGGGCGAGGAUAUAGGAUAUGCGAGGUUCGAGGGAGUUUAUUUACCGUUAUUAUGGGAACUGUCAUUCUGUAUUCGCUCGCCAAUUGCUUUGGGAUACACGCGUGGUCAUUUCACCGCUCUGGUGCCUAUCGAGCCAUACGCAUCGUCCAGGAUUCCGCCUCUGGCGACACAUGGAGGCGUCGGUGUUGGCGGAGGCGGUAGUCCCAUGCAACAGAUGCAAAUGCAGAUGCAAACUACCUUCAUGCCUUUAAUGGACCGUGAUCGCAAACUACUACCAAUACAUUUUUUAAGUCCUGAAGAAGUGGGCCGCGAAGAAGUCAUCCUAAAGCAAUGGCUCGACGUGUGCACUACCGAGGGCGGUAUCCUCGUCGCGCAACAAAAACUACACAAGAGACCUCUUCUAGUGGCGCAAAUGAUAGAGGAAUGGCUCAAUCACUAUAGACGCCUCGCGUAAACAGACAAAUAAUGCACCAUUCUCAAGACCAGCAACUCUUCAAGAUUAUAGCAGUGAUGGCGACACUGAGGACGAGUAACGUAGAGCAGCCGUUGCCCCCGAGUUAAACGAAGCGUCGGAAUGGGUUUAACAUCGGUAAAAACAUCUCUAUUUGCAUCUGUUUCUUCAGCGCAAGAUGGGUUUAGAAAAGAUGUGAUAACGCAGGAUCUGCGAUCCGCAGCUGCCGUAAGCGCGUUAGCGUUGGAUGCAAAACAGUCAGUAGUUCUAUGGAAACUCACGACUCGAGCGACAGGAAAUUAAAAAAUGAAAGAGAACGAAAGCAAAAAAAUAUCUGCGCACGCCGCACGCCGCGAGCACGGACUUUUAAACUUUUGAAACGUUACUCACGAUUACCGUGUCAUUCGAUACUCGAAUCCCUAUUGAUUCGCAUUAUUAGUUGUAUCGAAUAAUUACGAAUUAAUAUUACAUUAAUUUAUUAACUUAUUAUUCGAAUUGGCGUGUGUCGAACGUUCGCGAAAGGUUUCCUAUUUUGCUUUACUUAGUUUAGUCCAAGUAUUUUUUUGUCUGUUCUUCUUAUUUGCCGAUUAUCGGCAUCUAUCGGGCUUAUAUGCAAACGACAUUCGAUCGAUGGUGAAAAACAUAACUUUCCUUUUUAUUCGUUACGAGGUAUCUCGUCGAAUUCUAGACGUUUUCUUUUGUUAUUAUUAUUAAAGAGACAAGCAAAUAGCAAUAUCAGUAUCGCGUGGUGCCUACCGUCCCAAAUGAAAAAAAAAAAAGGAAAAACAACAAAAAUAGGACAUCACUAUACGAACCCUGCACAUUGAUGUCAUUUAUCCCAAAAUCCACGUUACUAACUGUAUCCAUAUAUAUAUUGUGUUAUGUGGGAAAGUGAAUGGCGAGGGGUGCUUGGAGGCAACUGGAGGGGAAAAUACAAUCCACGCGAAUGUCCGCCAAUGGAUCCCAUCGCUUGAACAAAAAAAAAAUUAUUCUCGGUGAUAAAUUCCAUGGUUUAACCAUGUUAAAGUGCUCCAUACCAAAUUACCAUAGAGUAAUGAGUUGCUGAUACAACACACGUUACCACCUAUGGUCAUUGUAGUAAUUCGUACUUUUUACAUAGAGCGCGAUAAAGUAACGACUCGCCUAUGUCUCGCUGUAAAAUAUUAGAUGGUUAAAGAAAAACGAGGGAAGAUAAAAGAUAUAUAUAUGAAUCUGAUUAAAAAAAAAAUAUAUUUUCUUUCCAAUUACGUCGUAGUCGAAUUAAAGAGAAAUAAUAUAGGGGAUUCUCAUUGCCCAUUCUGAAGGAACGUCUGCUUUAUUUAGGGCGGUAGAGGUCAAUUGUGCUCGGGUCACUUGGUAAAGUACGGAGUUCCAGUUCGUUCCAUUUUUUUCAUACAAGCGAAAAGUAACUCGAUCAUUAUAUGGACGUCUGGGGGCUGCGGGAGUAUUGAGUGAGUGAGAGAGACAGAGAAUGAAAGAGAUAGAGAUAGAGAAAACGGUGAAGAGCGAUGUCAAGGAUGAAAAAGGAAUAAUUAGUCUGUGAAUUACCAGCGAAGAGAGGAUGGCAAAUUUUCCUAUAAGGUUUUUGUGAAUUGCGGGGAUCUGUGAACGUAGCUUUAUUUAAUAACACAGGUUCAUGGAGAAAAAAAAGUCAUCACUUAUCUCUACGAUUUUCAUCAAUCUACGACACCAAAGGAAUGUUUCUUAGUUACUCAAGAAGCACGAACGACAUAAGGAUCUGUACUUUACUGUAGGCGAAAGGUCAAGAAAAAAGAAAUGGACCACAAUAUUUUCUUCUUGUUGUUAGUCUGAGCAAAUAUAAUUGUCUCUUCUGCGCUGCGAACUGAUGAAUUGGAAAGGACGAACGGUAUUCGUAAUCGCUCGGGUCGAAACGAAGAAGAAAAAGACAAUAUAGGAAGCAAGGAAAGAUAGAGAGAAAGAUAUAAAAAAAAAGGAUUAAAAAGAAAUGAUUAACCCUAAUCAAAAAAGUACAAAAAAUGUAAUGACGAAUCCGUUUGUUUACUCGUGUCCGCUUGUUUCACUCUCCGUUUCUACGAAUUCCGCAUUUUAGCCUCUAGUCCCUUAGCACACUGUCGUUUCUUCAAUCACGCAGAUGUGAUCUUAACUUUGUAAUUUUUAUUGAUAAAUGAACAAAAUAAGAAGGAAACACGUUGAUAAGGUGGCUCGCCCAAUAUUCACAGCCAUGGACAACGUACAAGUCAAUUUUGAAAUGCCCCACGACGAUGCGUCGUGUUUGGCACGACAACCGGGACACGGUUAAUCGGAAAAGGGAAUAGGGCUGAUAAGAGUGAGAAGACGUUUUCUCAUGCCGACAACGAUAACCGAGACGUUCGAUUUUCUGGCGGGCAGCUAAAUACGAGAUUGGGAAUAUUUAUAUAACAAACGUGGGAUCUCGACUAUUCUUAGGUUAAGAUUAGGUAUCGUCGAGCGUACCUGGUCACGGCGUUUCAUCGAGGGCAGCGGAAUUAACGAGUGAAAGUGUCGAUGAGAAAGAGAUAGACAAAAAGGGAAAGGAAAUACUGAAUUAUUUACGAAAAUCGAAGCUCUCGAAGUUUUGUCCGAUUAAAUAAGUGUUUCUCGCACGUUGCCACACUUUUUCCUCGGCAGGUGAUAAACGAAGAAGUUUUAAGAAAUUAAUUGAAACAAAUAGAAGUCUAUAUUAAUAUAGAAUAUAUGAAAUGGAGUAUAUUGAAUAAUAUAUCGAUGUACAAUAAUUCUAAAUAAUGAUUGAUUAAUCAUUCAUUAUUAUCAUUAUUAUUAUUAUUAUUAUUAUUAUUAUUAUUAUUAUUAU